UUUAUGAAAGUGAAGUAGUUUAUGUACGUCAUAUAUGUGAUUGUUCAACAGUUUUUGUAACAUUCGAUUAAUUCGAUUGUUUCAUAAUUCGUUUAAGUUAAAUUCUUCGGUAGCAGUGAAGUGAAUUUUUUUGAAUUGAAUAAAUUUUAUCGGAUAUUAAUAUGUUGAAAUAGGUUCAAUUGAAGAUCAAUACAUAUUUACGUAUGAAUAUUUUGAUAAUCGAAGGCCAAUGUUUACUCAAUGUCAAGUUUUUCUAUUCUAAAAUUUGUUUGCUUUUAAGGAUUUAUGGGACACCAGCGCCGCAUAGCGCUCAAAAUCAAAAGUACACGUUCAGUAGUUAAGUUAGGUUUAGCACCUGUUCAAAAAGUUUUUAAACGACUUACGGAAUUUACGAGAAAUUAAAUUUUAUUAGUUACGUGAUUUAAUAUUUCUUCAUUGACUUAAACAAUAGCAUUAUUGAAUAUCUGAUCUGUCGGUUGAAAAGUUAUUUUAUAUAACGUGCUGUUAAUUCUUUUUUUUAUGAUUUUUCAUCAAAAUGCAUACUAAUAUACGAUUGUACUCAUUUCUUCUCUAUUUCCAUUUAUUUGUUUUUACGCGUUCGGAAAAAAACGAAAGUGUUUUUGUACCAUCACGUGAAUGGCAAACUAUUAAAAAAGGUGAACCGAUACCAGGAGGAUUACAUGUAAGGCAUAACUUUCAAACUGGAGUUACAGAAGCUAAAUUAAUGGAUGACGAGGAAACAAAGGAAAAAGAUUUUAAUGAAAAUACCAAUCAAUCUCAUUCAAAAUCAUUGAUAUUACACCCGGAUAAAACAUUGCUCGAGUCGGAGGAUGAUGAAUCUGUGAAAUCUACAAAAACUAAAGAAUCGGAAGCAUUAAAAGUUCCAAUUAUGGAAUUAAAAGCUAGAUUGAAGAAGAUUAAAGAAAGCGUAACUGAUUUGCCAUCUGAAAUAAAUGAUGAAAGUACACAGGCUAAAAUGAUGCAGAAAUUGAGAGCCUAUGAAACAUUGAAAGAAGAAUUAAAAGCAGCUAAAAUUAAUAUUACCACAGAUGCCGAAGUUUUGAACACUUUAUUCAAGAAAUUUCAAUUAUACAAAGUUCCCAUGCAUACAUCUUCUUUAUUGAAUAUAGAAAUUGAAAUCAUUUUGGAUAUACUUAAUGGUUUUGAAUAUUUGAUUCAUCAAAUUGACACUGCUCGUUUAUUUGCUGAUAUGGAAGGGAUAAGUAACAUCAUAUUACCAUGUUUGAAUAGCACAUACAACGAAAUAAAAGCGGAAGCCUUAAGGCUUUUAGGUGCUGCUGUUCAAUCAAAUCCAAAAGUACAAGCGAAAGCAUUAGAAAAAGAUUUGAUGCAGAAACUUCUACACAUAUUAUCAACAAACAAUAAAAUUUUUGUAAAGUCCAGAUGUCUCUUUGCAUUGAGUGCCUUAGUACGUCAGUUCCCGGCUGCUCAGAAAGCAUUGCUUGAUCAUGGUGGUUUAGAAAUUUUUGGAAAAAUUUUGAACAACAAUCAGUUACAAACACAAUUAAAAGUUAUGAGACUUAUUAAUGAUUUGAUCGUCGAAAGGCAAGAUAUAGAAAAAAUUUCUGAUAUUAGACAACGUAAUGCGAAAGCAAAAGAAUAUGCUGCCACGGAUCUUGAACAAAAAUUACUAAUGCAUAGAUAUUGCAAAUAUUUAUACGAUUUAAUGAUCAAAAGUUUCAAGUAUGAGCUUCGUGAUCAAAAUGAAAUUGACAAUUAUGAAUUACUAGAAGUUGUAAGUGAAAGUAUGAUUAUGAUUAAUCCCAUAUGUAAAAACGAAGUUUACAUGGACAAACAUAUGCUUCUACAAGUUAUAAACGAUAUGUUAAAUCUUUAUCAAAAUUUAAGUGGAACUGUAGAAUCAGAUGACGCGGACAUAAUCAAUAAUCAGAUACAACUGAUUAAAAAAUUGAAGAUAGUCUUUGAAAUGUCAUUGCACGAAGAAUUGUAAAUAACUUUAAUGGGAUCUGUAUACAAAAUAGAAUAUAAUUAUGUAUCAUAAAUAAGUUUAACCCAGGGAAAGAGAGUACCAUUUUCGUAUUAAUAUUUCAUACUGCAAAAGCAGCGAUCCUUGUGAAACAGAACGUGAAAUUGUGAUCCUGAAACAGAAGAUUUAUCAUUAUGUUUUAUAUCUACAAAAAUUAUAAUGUACAUUACAAAGGCUGUAAAUAGGUUAUUAUUCUAUGUGACUGAUUAUUUUAUAUAAUGUGAUUCGUAUAGUCUAAAUCAAAACAAGUUUAUAAAAACAAAAACAAUAUAUAUUAUUUAUUUUCAAAUUGAAGUUUCUUGUAAACGUGUUUUGAUUAUAGACCAAUGUAAAAAAAAUGUACUAUACAAUAUAUAUAUAUAAAUAUAUAUAUAUAUUUAUAUAUAUAUAUAUAUUUAUAUGUACGCAUGUGUACAGAGUGAUAUUCUCUUUCCGUUUAGUAAAAAGUUAAUAUAAAUUGCAUUUAAAAACAAAAAUAAGUUAAAAUCUUGGUCUUUAUCAAUUAUUGUUUGUCAUUUUGAUGUAUUCUUACAAUUUUUCAAUUAGACUAAAAUUCGUAGGUUGAAGUUGAUAUCACUCCUGUUUACAUACAUAUAUAUAUAUACAUAUAUGUAUACACAUCAUAUUUAUACAUAUUUAUAUAUGUACAUGAACACGUAUAUUUUUAAAACUAUAGGAAACUAGAAUAUAGAGAGUACCAAGUUUUUAAUACAUAAUUAAUAUCAAAUUAUGUUAAAGUAAAAAGGCACAAAUGUUAUAUUUUCACUGUUUGAGAACAAUUAUUUAUUAAAUUAUUUUGCAGAUCUA